AUAGCACAUCACUUAUUUCAUUCAGAGGAAUCUUGGAUUUCGUCAUGCUCAAAAACUUGGUUCUGCCAGGUACGACAAUCACGGCCUGAAACGCGACCCGCCUCGCGUCCUUGGAAAGCCAACCAAAGCAAUGGCAUCAUAUUGCGGGGUCGGUUGUAUCAUGUGAAUGACCCAUAUAAAGUCAAUUGAUUAACCUUCCUGCAUCCAGUAUUCAACUGAUCACAGUUUCAACCCUCGAUAAAACAACCAAAUCAACCUUUCUUGCCUCCCAAAAUACACGACACACUCAUCAUGGCGACCGAAGACACCGUUCAGCUCAAUGAAGCUCAUGCGCCCCAGCAAGCAUCGCUUGAUGCAUUCGACUCAAUUCUGGAGUCCGUUAAGCAAGAGCUGAUCAAGCUAAGGCACAGCCACGAUAAGCAUGAACCUGAGUAUUUCCGCGCGGUGAAAGACGUUUCCGACAGCGACCUGGCAAGUUUCUCCGCUUCUGACCUCGAGUCGGUUCGCGUCGCAAACUCGGCAUACGGGCUGCACCUCUUUGGCAAGGUGAAGAUUCCGGCUGUCGACAACGCCUAUAUCCACAUCCGUAUCUUCGGUUCAGCGAAGGAGAACACGGAUGGAAGCAGCCCUGACGAGAGGGAGUACAAGUUGCACAGUAUCCAUACCGAGGAGGUGGUUAAGGACGAUGGAGACCAUGUGUUCCGUGCGAUCUUUGGAAAGAACGAUGCGCUUGAAUGGUUUGAUACGUAAUUUUUGGAUACCCCUCUGUUGUAACUACUUGAUGCCGACGGGCAUAUCUAAGAAAUAUUCAUUGUUUCCCAGAUCUCAUGGAACAUUACAUACCAUACCGUGCUCAUCAUCUAUUGUGAUCAAG